UUUUCAAAAAUCUAAAUAGACUAUUUUGUAUAGAAUUCAAUGCUGAUUUCAAAUAUACGACUUAUUUUCAAAAAUAUGGAGGACGAAAGAUGGUCUUAUCGCUUGGUGAUCGAAUAAAAAUUAACAGUUAUAAUAGACAAAUAAAUAAUGCGUAAAUUUUGACUCGACUACUAUUUGAAUCAUAACAUGAUGUUCGUUAUCAACUCAACGAUGCUAACUUCGUUUAAUACGAUUUCUUGUGCUAACGGCGGUUUGAAAGUAAGAAAAUCUGAAUCAACCACUUUGUAGCUCUGACUUCGCUCUAUCUUUUGGCUACACUUCACGUUUUUUCACAUCAAAGCCCAUGGAGAAAUAACCAUUUUUCUGUCGGUUGUCAUGUAUUUUUUCAUUUAUUUUUUAAAUUUUGGCUAUAAUGGUGCUUCCAGUAAAAGUCACAUAACUCCAUCAAAAGAAAAGCUUUUUCGGUCCGGUUUGUUUUGAUCAGAAAUGAUUGCUCUUCUCUACCUAAUUGCAAAAUUAAAACUUCGAUCAUGUUUUUUAUUUCUUGCUUGGGUAUAUUGUUGGAAACGCGACCUUGUCAAUNAAAAAGCAGAUUCAGAAUUACAAAAAGUUCAGUUCUCACAUUUGCUUCACUUUUUUACGGAAAUAAUAGCAGAAGAAAAAAGUUCGAGUCAACUUUCAAUAAAAACUUUGUAAAUUUCGUAUAAUUUGCUUAGUUCUCUUGAUUUAAGUUCUGAAAUUAAAGUUUAGGUAUAGUUUUGUAGAGUAUUUCACGGCGCAUCUAUUAAAAGAAAACACUAGCCUUAGGGUCGUAAAGAAACACGAGAAAAAUAGAAAAUACUGAGAGGUUCACUCAUGAUGACCCGAUACUGUUCUCGAUAUGAAAUUGAACUUUAUUAAACCUGAAUUUCUGCUAGUUGGUGGUACGCAUAAUUGUAUAUCUGUGAGAGUGCGGGAGAAGAUAGUUUCAGAUUUGCAAAAUUUAAUUUGUCUGUAUGUUGUAGAAUCAAAGUAUCAAGGACGAGUUGCACGAUGGUAAUAUUGAUUUCAGGUGUUAUUUAGACUUUUAUGUGACAUAGUUAUCUUUUUCAUGUCGUAAUAUAGGCUUCGCCCAGAGCAUAUUCGAUGGCCGAUUGUCGAUAAAAACUAUCCAUUGGUCGUGUUUAAUCAGCCACAUCCAAAAGAUAUUAUUCAAGGAAGACUAGGAAAUUGCUGGUUGAUAGCAGCACUCUCUCUACUUGCUGAAAUUCCUCAAAUAUUGUACAAAGUAAUGAUAACAAAACAAUAUAAUCCUAAGGGAAUGUAUCGUGUACGGCUGUGUAAUCAGGGCAUUUGGCAAGUAAUUACCGUCGAUGAUUGCUUACCCGUAUCUCAAUCAAAUUCUCUCGUAUUCUCACGUAGUAGAAAAAAACAAUUGUAUGCACCAUUAAUUGAAAAAGCGUUAGCAAAAAUGCAUGGAAGUUAUAUGGCGUUAAAAUCCGGAAGAUGUGAUGAAGGAUUACAAACGUUAACCGGAGAACCGUGUGAAGUAGGUUUUUUUUUCAUACGUACCAGAGGUGAACAAAAGCACUCAACUUCUGGUAGAUGAACAGAACAGUUUAAAGUAAAAAUCAAUUGCAAUAAUAACUCAAUCAUUUUCAUCAUUAAUUUCAUUAGAUGUUUCGGAAGCUUCCGACUCACACUACUAUGUGUUUCAAAAUACGAUGGUCUCGGAUAUUUUUCGAAUAACUUUUCACAGAAAUGAGACAGAGACCAACAGUUUUCAGUUUUGAA